CGAGCUCGUUCGGGUCACCCCAGACGUACGAAGUAUAAAGACAAGGGAAUGAAACAUUGCUCGAAGCCUCCACAGAGGCGAGGACCAGCCUUACAAGCCCAUCAUGCGGUCACUACUCCGCCUCCUAGCGACAGCAGCCCUAAUACUACCAGGGACUAUUUCUCACGGAACCGACGAUCAGGUCCUAGCGGAUCUCGACUACGGGAGCUUCCAGAACCCAUCCAACCAGGUGCGGCCGCGCUUCCGUUACUGGGUGAACGAUGCGUCGAUCAGUCCGAGCACGGUGGUGCAGGACCUGAAGGAUAUCGCGGAGUCCGGAGCAGGAGGGUUGGAGUUGUUGGGUUACUAUAACUACGGCGAUUCGGAUAACUUCGGCGGCGGGAUGCGGAUGCCGCUGCAGUCGGACUGGACGCAGUACGGGUUCGGGAGUCCUGCUUGGAAGAAUAUGUCCCUCACAGUGUUGCGGACGGCCAAAGAGCUCGGGCUCGUGGUCGAUUUCGCCGUUGGGCCGAACCAGGGCGCCGGUGUCCCUGCGCCGUACGACGACGAAGGCCUUCUAUGGGAUCUAGCUGCUCAUAAUGCUAGCUUUCACAGCACGAAAGGCUACAGUGGUACGCUGCCGGGUUGGGGGACUGGUCGGCUCGUCGCCGCUGUGACGGGGAGGGUCAUAUCGGACAGCGGUAGCACAAAAGUACUAGCCGAGGAUUCCCUCCAGGACGUCACCCGCGCCGUCAGCAGCAGUGGCCAUAUCUCUAUCCGAUCUUCGCAAUCAACAGCUUCGUCCGAGAGUCAUCUCUUCGCGUACUACCUCGUCCAAGCCAACUACCGCGAGGUCCAAAGUCCCGCCGAUGUGCCAGUGGCGGUCCCGCAGUCGCCCGUCAGGACAUGGGCCCAGAACGGCUCGUGGGUGGUCGAUCACUUCUCCGUCGCGGGGGCAAAACUGAUCGCUUCAUUCUGGCAGCAAUCGCUGCUCGAUGACGAGAUGCGCGGUCUGCUUCGCGAGGUCGGGAACUAUCUGUGGGAGGAUAGUCAGGAGUACAAGGCCGCCACGUGGUGGACUCCGCGUCUGCCGCGGAUAUUCCAGGCGAGUCGCGGGUAUGCUAUCACGAAGUAUCUACCUAUUCUGGUCGGAUCGGGCACGCAAUCCUCGAAUGUCACUUACGUGACAGAUGAAGCAGAUGCGGGGAGAAGCCAUGUGCAAGAUUACGAGCAAACGUUGACGGAGCUCAACGCGGAGUACCUGGCCGCUCUAACCGAGUGGUCCAACGACCUGGGAGUGCAAUGGUCGUCGCAGGUCGUCUACAACAUGCCCAUGGACAUGCUGGCCAACAUCCCAGCGGUCAACGGCCCGGAAACCGAGGCACUGGGUUUCAACAACCUGCUCGACGGAUACCGGCAAUUCGCGGGACCAGCCCAUCUCGCAGGCAAGCGAAUUAUCUCGAGCGAGGCGGGCGCCACAAUGGGAGAAGUCUAUCAGCAGACCAUCGCGGACCUCCUCUGGGCUCUGAAGCGGUCGUUCGCGGGCUCAGUCAACAACUUCAUCCUGCACGGAUGGCCCAUGGGCGGCAACUACGGCAACACCACCUGGCCGGGCUUCACGACCUUCGCUUUCUUGUUCUCCGAGAUGCAUGGGCCGCGGCAGCCGGCGUUUGACUUCUACUCGGACUGGCUGGGAUAUGUGUCUCGCAACCAGUGGGUGGCGCAGACUGGGGUACCCAAGGUGGAUCUCGCCUUCUGGGCGAAGAAUACCACGGGGUACGAGUCGAUCACGAUGCUCUACGCCGCCAGUGAUCUGGAGGAAGCAGGCUUCACAUACGAAUACCUCAGCCCCGACAACUUCGACCUGCCAGAAGCAUACGUCGCCAACGGCACAUUCGCACCCAACAGACAAGCCUUCAAAGCCCUAAUCAUCCGGGCAAACGAGACCUUAACGGUGACCGGCGUAGCCAAACUAGUCGAGUACGCACAAGAAGGCCUACCGCUGAUCUUCCCCGGCGGCCUCCCCAGCACCUUCAGCGGCCACGACCGCGACGGCCAGGCGCAAGCCCAAGCCCUGCACUCUCUACACAACCUCACCUCCCUAUCAAACGUCCACCUCGUCCCCGACACGCACCUCGCACAAACUCUCCAAGCCCUUUCCAUCCACCCGCGCACUUCUAUCGCAACAAACAGCACAGUGCACACAACCUGGCGCGACGACCCGACCACACAAACGCACUACAUCUACAUCUUCAACGACGCAGCCACCAAGCCCAUCAACGCCAGCACCGCCACCGGCAGCAUCACCUUCGCAAGUACCGGAACGCCGUAUAUCUACGACGCCUGGACCGGCGCCGUGUCCGCAGUGGCAAGCUACAACCAGAGCUCAACCCACACGACCAUACCAAUCACACUUAAGGGCAACCAGACCCUGAUCAUCGGGUUCCACUACACUGAUGCUCACGCCGGCAGCACGGCAAUCCACCUGCUGGAAACAAACCCAAGCAUCGGGAUGUCCACAACAACCAGGAAUAACACGACAUUAACGCUACACCGCACCCACGACCCCAACCCGCUCACCAUCCCACUGUCCAACAACAAGACCCUAACUCUGGGACCGAUGCUCGCUCCGGCGAUGGCACUAGACAACUGGACUCUGACUAUCGAGUCGUGGAUUCCGCCUGCUGAGAUCUACGAUGUCAGCGCUGGGCCUGUGCGGACGAAUACCUCUGCUUAUCACCUCGGAUCUACCCUCCGCCCCUGGGCUGAGAUUGAUGGAGCGCUGAGGAAUGUUUCUGGGGCUGGGUACUACUCUACUGCCUUUGGGUUGUCGAGGGACUAUACGAGGGAAGGGGGCGGUGGUGUGGUUAUUGAUCUGGGAAGGGUGUCUCAUGCUGUGAGGGUGAGGGUGAAUGGGUGGGAUAUUGGUCCCCUCGAUUUGACGGACGCGAGGAAGGAUAUCGGGGAGUGGGUGCGUGAAGGGAAGAAUGAGGUGGAGGUUGUCGUGGCGAGUCCGCUGGGGAAUGUGCUGAGACAGUAUUGGGAUGUGAUUGAAAGUGGGGGGAAGAAGGCUGCUGUUACGGGCCAGAUGCCGGCCGUAGGGAAGUAUGGCUUGGUUGGGGAGGUGAGGGUUGUGCCGUAUCGGGUUGUUAGGGUUGAGUAG